UGGCGGUCGAGGAAACAACAUAUUGUAUAAAUUUCUGUUUGGAUAGAAGCUGUACAGCGACAGAAAAGGAAUUGUCAUGUCUCGAAGUCAAGUUAAUACUGUAAGCCUUUGAAAACGAUAGAAAUAUGCUUUAGUAGUCUUCAGUCAUUGCCUGUCUUUACUCUUUUGAGCGACUGAUUUUGGGGCGGUUAGAUUUCUCAUUGAGCGACUGAUUUUGAGAGGGUUAGAUUUCCUCAAUAUAAACGUUCUUGCUCAUGGGCUGGUUACUUCAAAGGCAUAUAUUAAUCUAAACCUGCGUUAAUGUCUAUAACUCUUUUCAUAUUUAGCUACAUGCCUAAUAAAAUGCCUUUCUUUAAUUGCAAUAACUCGCGUUGAUCGACUAGUUUUCUGCAAUCAAAAAGCAAAUUUAAUUCUGUACCAACAUCCAAACAUUUCGGUUAUUUUCAACGUUGCUUGCAUGAAUCACUAGCAGACAUUUCUAUUAUUCGUUUAAGCCCGAUUGAAAAGUUGAAAUUUUCGAUUUUAAGGCCCGAGUGAACAGUUGAAAUUUUCGAUUUUCGCUGGAUCCGGUUCGAGGAAAAAGUUGAAAUUUCGAUUUUUAAGGCCCUAGUGAAAAGUAGAAAUUUUCGAUUUUUAAGGCCCGAGCGAAGAGUUGAAAUUUUCGAUUUUCGCUGGAUCCGGUUCGAGGAAAAAGUUGAAAUUUCGAUUUUUAAGACCCUAGUGAAAAGUAGAAAUUUUCGAUUUUUAAGGCCCGAGCGAAGAGUUGAAAUUUUCGAUUUUCGCUGGAUCCGGUUCGAGGAAAAAGUUGAAAUUUCGAUUUUUAAGGCCCUAGUGAAAAGUAGAAAUUUUCGAUUUUUAAGGCCCGAGCGAAGAGUUGAAAUUUUCGAUUUUCGCUCGAUCCGGUUCGAGGAAAAAGUUGAAACUUCGAUUUUUAUUAAUCCUUAUAUUUUUCAGGUAGUUGUAUCCCUACCAACGAAAGCUUGUUCAUCAUGUGUGAAGAGCCCCUCACUAUAGGGCAAGACGUCUAGGGUGAGCGAGGUCACAUAUACAAGGACAUUUUACUAACGCCAUCUGCUUUGUUUGUAGGCGACCGUCUUCCAAGAAAACCAAGGUCCUGUGGCACACCUUAAGGCCAAAGAUGGUGAAGCAAAGCGAUCUGACAGAAUUAGAAAUGUUCUUCACACAGUCACAAAUAAUAGCCGUAUACCACAGGUGAGAUACUGAAUGACCUUCGUCGUGCUUUGCUUGUCAGACUAUACCACUGUUCGUAGAAGGCGUUUGUACAUCAGAAUUUCGAGUGUGAACUUGAUACAUUUCAUUUAACCCAACCAGGAGCAGUUGUGAAAAGCUAGAGACACCCUGACUGGAAUCGAACCUGCGACUCCGGUGCAGAGCUCUAACCAACUGAGGCCGUUUGUACGAAGGCCAGAUAGUGAUUUUUUCAAGCUUUGUUAAAUCAGUCGUUGAUUAGUAUAACUCGUAUUAAAGUUUAGUAUUUAUAAGUUAAAUGUUUUUUAUACUUCUUGUGUCGUGUAUAUCCGUAGUUUCACAGUUUUUCAAACAUUUUACAAAGGUUGAAAAAAUCCCUAUCUGGUGGAUAGCGCUAUCCAGCCUUCGUACAACCGACCCCUGAGCUACAGAGGGCAGUCGUUGAGCUCUAGCCACAAGUUCAUGUGUAUAGUCUAAGGUGAUGCCAUGCAUUUGUCGGCCACGUAGAUCUCAUCCAAAUAUCUUGUUAACAAGAUAGAUUUUUCUUGGUUACAUUGUUUUUAUUUUCUGUAUAGCGAAGUAAGAAAGUUUUAGCCAAACUUACAAAGCAACCUGUCUUAGAAGAAACACAACGAACUACAAUUGAGACAGAAUCUGUUAAGUCAGAAGUUGAUAUUGAUAGUAAAGAUGUCGUGGAUAUCGAUGCUGAAGAUCAUGAUAAUCCAUUCUCUUGUGCUGAAUACGCUGAGGAAAUCUACCGCUAUCUGAGAAAAAGAGAGGUAGGGUUUGCUGUGAAUACUGCUUUAUGUAUAUAGGAAAAUUCAGAUCUAACCAUACGUUUGUAAUUGACCUAACCAGACUCGAAGUAACUAGAGCUAUCCAGUAUAAAAUAGUUUAUAGUUUAGUUGUCCCACAAGAUAGUCAGCAGUCUAAUAUAUGAAUAUUGUUAAACUGCGUUACACUUGUGGAAAAUUGAAAUGGUUUCCUGCAAUCGUCUAUGUUUGCCUUGUGUUAAGGUGAACUAUUUGAUCAGUGGAAGCAUCGCAUGCUUGUACCACAUGAGGGAGAAAUUCACUUUUCUAGUUUCUUCCAUGUACGGCAAGCAGACACAUUUGUUAAUUGUUACAGCAUGGCAUGGCAUGAAAUAUUUUUGUUCCUAGGAUCCUAAAUUUUGAGGUUAAUUUUUUUUGUCGACCUCAUUAAUAUUCUUCCUAAUAAGUUAUGUUCUGCAAAGAAUAAACGCUUUUAAACACUUCCUGCAUACGACAUUCUCCUACCUGGUCAAGGAUACUUUUAAUGUGGAUAUGACAUGCACUUGGUCACUCACAAGCCACUGCUCCUGCCAUCGUUCCUAAACUACACUGUGUAUAUUUACUGUAAAUAGAUUUUUUUUUCUUUCUUUUUCUUUUUGUUAUCUAGUCAUACUUAUAUUUAGGGGUUGUGCCUUGCAUGGGUCUCGUUUUCCCGUUUGCACUAACCCCAUUGGACGUUCACCUUGUAAUCUAGAAUUUCUAUGUUGAUAAAAUAAAAACAAAAUAAAAAAUAAUCUGCAAAUGUACGAAAUCUUUGUAUUCUGUUUAGGAUAUCUACCAAGUGCCUAACAACUACAUCCAGUCACAUAAAGAGAUCAACGUAAGAAUGCGAGCUAUCCUGGUUGACUGGCUGGUGAGCGUUCACGAUAAGUUCAAGCUGACACAGGAAACCCUAUUCCUCGCCAUUUCUAUCUUGGAUAGAUACUUAGCGGUAAGUUGCUGGCUUGGGCAGGUUUGGUCAAUUUUGGCUUACGCAUUUGGUAAAUAUUUCAUUUCUCCUGUGACGUCAUAGUUACCAAAUGCUAGCCCAGAAUUGACCAAACCUGCCAAAACCAGGUUGCAUUCCUAUCAACCGAAGGCGUCUAUAGCUCUAGCAGUUCUGAAACUGUUCCACCUAGAGGUGCGAUGUCCAUCUAGUGUUGCCGCAGGCAAUCUCGUUCCCAGAGUAUGCCUGUUCGCGGGAUUGUGCCGCAGGAGAAAACCUGAACUAAACUGAGUUUACAUCUUCAGGUGAACCACAAGGAAAAGAAAUCAAAUUUGCAACUGAUUGGUGUCACUGCGAUGUUUUUGGCUUCAAAAGUUGAAGACAUCUAUGCACCUGAUAUCUCAGAUCUUGUCUACAUCACGGACGACUCGUGUAGCUCGACUAUGAUCAAAUCUUAUGAGAGAAAAAUGUCCGCUCAACUUGAGUUCAAUUUUGGUGAUCCACUCUGCAUUCACUUCUUGAGACGAAAUUCUAAAGCUUUGAAGGUAGAUAGUUUAUUGUUUAACUAUGUUAUAGGGGAACGUGCAUCGCCUUUCUGCGUCUAUGGAAACCAGAAUAAUCUAUUUAUACUGGAUAGUUCUAUCAGCCCUAAACUGUUCUUCCUAGAGGUUCAGUAAGGAUCAUCUCUUAUUGAUCCAGUGUUACUACAGGAGGAAACCUAAACUAAACUAACUUUAUUUAUACUGGAUAGUUCUAUCAGUUCAAACUGUUCUCCCUAGAGGUCCAGUAAGGAUCAUCUCUUAUUGAUCCAGUGAUACCACAGGAGCAAACCUAAACUAAACUAACUUUAUUCAUGCUGGAUAGCUCUAUCAGUUCUAAACUUUCCCUCUUUGGGGUCUAGUAUAAGGGUCAAACAUCUAAAGUUCAUUGCUAUUACAGGCGACUGCACAACAACAUGCUUUAGCGAAAUUCUUUAUGGAGUUGAUGCUGUUGGAUUAUGAAUGCUGUGUUAGUUUCCCGCCUUCUCAGCGUGCUGCUGCCGCACUUUGUGUCGCAAUGAGGAUCACCGAUAACUCCUCCUGGGUGAGUUUUUUUAUUACCUCCGUUAAGAGGUUACGGUUUCAUUAACGCUUAAUUUGUUCCGUUCCUUUCAUUUUAGGAUGCAACAUUAGUUCAUUACAGUUCUUAUACAGAAGCAUCCCUCAAACCUUGCAUAAUAAAAAUUGCCAAUUUAGUUCUUGAGUCAUUGAACAAGCAAUCUCAAAUGGGUUCGGUCCGCCAGAAAUACAGCAGAGCAAAAUUCUGCAGCGUUGCCACUUUGCCAUGUCUCAACUCUACCUUCAUCACUGAGAUACCGAAGGAAAAAUAGUUUUGCUCAUUGAACUGAAUAUUAGAUGUACAUAAUACACGUACAUAUAGGAACUGUAAAUUUAAUAUUUAAAAUAUUUAAAAAUUUGUUAUUUCACAGGUUUGUUUUGUAAUUUUAUUUAUACUUUUAGCAUAGUUAUUUGUUGUACAAAAAAUCAGAAAAUAUUAGCAAACAUUUUAUUUGAUUGAAUUUGCGCAAUUUACUCUUACUUACUGUAGUUGUAUAAAAAUUGUAAAUAGAAAAAAAUAAGUAAUAAAUAAUUU